UCCUGAAUUCUGCAGUGAAGAUGUAAUUGUAGCUCUGACUGAUAUCUUGAAGCUACCUCUAAUGGAUAAAAGCAAUGGCUGCAGCUUCUCUAGCAUAUCUUCAAUUGCUGUCUUUUCAAGUGCUGUUUUUGUUGUCUCCUUGAUUUUGGUUCGUCUCCUUUAUGUCUUAUACUGUAGCAGCAAGCCCUUGAGCAAAAGGGCUUCAAAACCUUUUAGUACCCUUAUUAUUUUAGGAUCAGGUGGUCAUAUUGCUGAGAUGCUUAAUCUACUAGCAGUGUUACAGAAAGGUAGGUUUAAUCCAAGAUUCUACAUUGUUGUUGCUACUGAUAAUAUGAGUCUUCAAAAAGCUCAGUUGUUGGAGAAUUCCCUGGCUGCUGAGUACGUUCAUGAUGAAUCAGAAACUUUAUCUGAUAUUGAUGAUGAAGAAGUUGAUUUGUACAUUCAUGAUGAGGAGGGGAAGCAUAUCAAGAAGAUACUGUGGGAAACAACAUAUAGGGAGUAUCUUGAGGAGCAGGCAGCCAAGGAAGCAGCUGCAGCAGCUAGCAAGAAAGCUUUUGAGGCAAAAUUUGAAAACUGUUCGGAGGAUAUACUAGCGGCAAGAGAGCUUGCUGCAUCUUCUACUGAAGCUGUGGCAAAAUCCAAAAAGGAAAUGAGACAGAAACGAGCUUAUGAGGCAAAAAAUACAAGGCCAGCUCAAUCUGCUGCAGAGGCCUUUGGCCAAAUGUCUAAUAAAAAAAGGAAUUUGCAGGGUCUCAAAUCUAAAGUCAAUUUUAAACUCCUGAAUGAAUUGUUUGAUGAAAUGGAUACGCAGGAAAAUACCGAUGGUCUCAAGAAACAGAAGAAAGUACCUAUAAUUUGUUUUCGGAGCAUUCUUUAA